ACUGAGAGUACCAAUGCUCAACAAGUAGAAUUAAGUUUACUCCAACACUCAUUUCGGCUUCGAUAAGCUAAUCGGCAUAAGCGACUCUGAAUUUUGACUUUCAUUUUUACGAAUUCCGUUUUGAGAUGCUUUUUCGCGAAUACUUUGUUUUGCCGUAUCUCUCUAGCUCUAUAUGUUUGUAGCUGAUGUGCUUUGUUAACAUGAGGUAGAUUUGCUAGAAGAUACGAGUAUGUGGAAGUAGAAAAACAACAAAAGCAAUAAAAAAGCACGACGAAAGCCAAACAGUGCAAAGUAUGAAAUAAUUGUGGCAAGCGGAAUAAAACGAAAAUAUAAAAUGGAAUUAUAAAAAAUAAAUAAAUAAAUAAUUGAGAUUGAAAAAAGUGCAAAAUGAAUACGAAAAGCGCAGACUAGAAAUCCAAACGUGAAUAAGCUGACGAACUUUGUAACUUCAGUCGCGGUGUGCAAGCGAGCCUGACUAGAUCGUGGUGGUGUGCGAGUGCGACGUUGGUUUUUUUUUUCAAAUUCUAUUUGCAUUUGAUUACAAAAUCACUAGGUGAAUGUGAGUUGCAGUGAAGCGAUAAACAACAACAAAAAUAAAUAAGUGAUCCCUUAAGGCCGACGUGAAUUCCAGACACACAUAAACACACACAAAUAACAAUAUAUAGAAAGUAAGCAUGGAUCAAAAGCGCGCUAUGCUCUACCCGGAUAUCGAUCCUGCCACACACAAUGCUGCCACACGCGAUCAUCGCAUAUCUGCUUCGGCCGCCAUGGGCUUGCCUACGGAGGCGCCACCUUCAUAUGACAUGGCUAUAGCAUCCACAUCUACACCCAGCGGCCCAACAAGUAAUGGAGGAAGUGGCGCAGGCAAUGAUUUGGUCGACGAUGGCGCUGCUGCGCCGCUGGGCUGGCAGCCCAGCGCUCCACCACCAGCGACCACACCCGUAAAACAACCGCCAGCGCCAGUACCUCCGCUCCGGCAGCCACGCACAGCACAGCAGACGCCUCAACCGCAUGACAGUCAGACAAGGCCGGUGAUUGUGGUGCAACCGUUGCCAAACAACCAACAACGGCAAACACGCUCGCCGCCAAUACAAACAACUAGUGCCACAGUGCCGAUAAAACUAGGUCCGCACCCAUGUGCGGUUGCGUGCCCCGUUUGCGGCGCCAACGAGACGACACGAUUGAUCUUCACGCCUAACACACGAACGCACAUUUGUGCGGGAUUACUCUGUCUGGCCGGUUGGUGUUGUUGUGCUUGUACGGUGCCCUAUUGCAUGAACAGCUGUCGGACCGGUAAUCAUUAUUGCUCGCGGUGCAACACAUUUCUGGGUGUCUAUAAUCCGCGAAGAGCGAGAAAGUGAAAAAGUGAUAGACUUUCCCACACAAACACAGUUAUGUUUGUGUCUGUGUUUUUGGGUGAAUACUUAUAUUAUAUAAUGUUUUUAUAGUGAUUUAUUAUUAUAACUAUUUUUUGUUUAUUAGUUUCACUUUAACUCGCCUCAAUCAAUCUCAUUUGCUGCGCAUGCGUGCUCGUAUUAAUGCAUAUAUGUAUAUAUGUAUGUAUGUAUAUUUAUUGAUAUAUAUAUAUACAUAUCUACAAACAUGCAGCCAUACAUGUUUUUUACUUGUGCUGAAGCAAACAUUUUACAACAACAAUUUUUCUUUGUGUGCGUUUUGUAAACAAAAUUUAUUAUUUCAUAUGCAAUUACUUUAGGACAAACUGAUAAUAAUUAAAAAAAAAAAUGCAUGCGAUAUAAUCGUACAAGGCAAUGUUGAAGUUUGUUUUUCUGCUGGCGAUAACACUCUGGAUUAUAAAAUACAAGUUCUAUCUGUUUGCGUCUACAAACACACACAGAUAUACAUACACAUUUACAAUUAUGGUAUAACAAUAAAAUCUGACGUACCUUUGGCGCAUCACAGUGCCUGGCACGUCAGUCAACCGCA